AUUUUGACAACCGUCAGUUUUACAUAAUAGACAUAACCUCGAUUUUAUUUGACAUUAGACAAUUUUUGUUCACAAAGGAAAAAGUGGUCUUUAAACAACAACAAUGGCAGAAGAAAAAUUAACCGGUUUGGGCAAAAUCUUUAAUGGCAACACCACUGCCGGACGUGCUAAUGUCGGUAAAGCUACUUAUGCCGUAAUUGGUCUAAUUAUCGCCUAUAACAUGAUGAAGCCCAAGAAGAAGUAGAUUCUCCCCUUUGUUAUUCCCUGAAUGCAUCUUUGAUAUCACUCGUUUUUGCAAUGGGGACUUCGCUUUUCGAGGUGUGAGGCUGCUUCUAUAACGCCUGCAUUAAGUUGUCUUAUUGUUGUUGUAUUUCGUAAAACUUUAUAAAGAUUGCUUGCGAGUGUUUCAUGGAUAAAAAUUCAAAUUUUCUUAUUAUUAUUAAAGUUCUGUGAACAAUGGAGAAUUUCUAUGUGUAAUUAAGUGAACUACUUGUUCUAAUCGAAAUAAAAUAGUUGGAAACACAACGUA